AUAUGUCAUAAGUACGUCUGGCUGACCUAGCCUUACUCCCCACCAAUACUACACAGACAGAGACAUAGACAUACAUAGUUUGUCCCUUUUGUCCUGGCCAAUCUCCCUUAGUGGCUCACGGCUCCAUCAUCUCCUUGGUAGAAGAAGAAGAAGAUUGUUCCGGUGGUUGUCCGACAAAGGGCUUCCUCCAAAUCUCUAGCCGCCUUUUUCCAUCUUCGUCCAUUUUUGCAAUGAGAAACGACAGAGUCAUUAUCAUUGACGAGCCUUCGGACCAUCAGUCGAACGAUAAAGGGCAUCGCAGUUCCCGUGAUUUCACGUCUCACCUCUGGACGAGCCUUCCGUCGAAGAAGAUCCUCUUCACACUCAUCGUAGCGGCCGCCUUUUGUGUUCUCAUGGUCUUCUUCCCACGAGCGUGGAAGUUUAUUCCCAUUUUCUCACCGCCUUGGAGACGACCUGGCUUCUACGGCGCGGAUAAUUAUACCGGCUUCAGUUCGUACGUGGUACCCAACGUCAUCCACUACGUCCGGUUCGGGCAGCCGAACGUCACUUUCAUGGAUGCCGUGAGCAUGCGCUCUGCGUACAUCAACCACGCACCGGACCAUAUAGUAGUGCACUGCGACGAGUGCCUGCUAGACGGGCCGCAUAGCCAUUUGGUCCGCGAUAUACCAAUCAUAAAAUUCGACGAAAUACUCCCGCCAAUGACCAUUUUCGGACGUGAGGUGAACUGGAUUGAGCACGCCUCCGACGUCGCUCGUAUCCAGAUUCUGUUGAAGUCCGGAGGCAUCUACUUGGACAACGACUGCAUAGUCGUUCGACCCCUGCACCAAUUUCGACACUUUGAGACGUCCAUAGGUUGGUCUCCUGAAGACCAUAUGGGGAACAUGGUUAUCCUCUUCUGCACAGUCAUGGAGAUAAGGUUUCCUUCUGGGCAUGGCAGCAGCCUCUUCGUUGUACUUGUCUUCAUCUUUGGAACUAUUUACGUGUACUACCCAAUGUCAUGGAAGAAUACUGUUAGCAGCUGCCUGAAGAACACAUCACAAUGUGAUGACAUGGUGGACCAUCGAUUCAGCGCCGGGACGAGAUUUCUAACGAUGGUAACGAAUGGUCGCCUGGGAAACCAAUUGAGCGGCUACGCUUUUACGUACGCAAUGGCAAAGAUGACCAAUCGGCAAGGAAUCAUCUAUCCGAGCAUGUACAGAGAGCUGUCAAGAUACUUCCGCAUCACACUCCCCGUCAUCUUGAAUGAGACCACGUGGAACUGUAGCGGACGCCAGUCUGGUGAUUGGAUGACUGAAGAGGUGUACCAACUUAGCCAGACCUGUCUCCAAUUCUGCUGCUACUUAGAAUCCUGGACGUUUUUCCACCACGCCAGGGAAGACAUCGUCAGGGAAUUAACUUUCCACCAUUCCUACAGAUUGCAAGCGUGGAGAACGCUGAGCGAACUUCGAGGUAACCGUACAAUGCCUACUUACGUAGGCGUACACGUCCGCCGCGGCGAUUACGUCACUGGCAUGUGGAACAUAUGGCAGGCCACUGUAGCAGACAGUGGUUACCUCCAGCGAGCCAUGGACUACUUUCGGGGUCGUUACACGGAAGUAGUGUUCGUGGUUACCAGCGAUGAGAUGUCGUGGUGUGAAAAGCACAUAAACAAUUGCUGCCAUGACGUAUAUUUUAUGGGAAAUCGCGACAGGAACAAUCCGGGCCAGGAUCUCGCAUUGCUGGCUCACUGCAACCAUACCAUAAUGACUGUCGGAACAUUCGGCUAUUGGGCCGGUUAUCUUGCUGGAGGAGAAGUUACUUACCUGGCAAACCACUCUCUUCCCGAUUCCAAGUUGAGAAUAAUUAAGCCAGAAGCAAAGCACCGGUUACCACACUGGAUCCCAAUACCAGCUAAUAUUUCCUGUCUGUACACAAGAACGAAUGUUACCGUGACUCCCACAAAAAGAAAGGAGGAAAGGGAAAAAAAAGGGAGGACUGUGAGAGCAGGUGAAGCACAACUUUUGAGUUUUGCUGAAGCAGAAUAUGCGGACCGUUUCCGCUAACCGGAAACUGAACGGAAACUGAAACCUGAAGCGGAAAAUGCUGUGUCAUCGAAAGUUCUAUGUAUCCAUUUCGUGUACUUUAUGUGCUGUACCGCUAUGUUUUCUAAUACAAGACCAUGAAGUUUC